AUGGGUAUCUGCAACGUCCCCGCGACCUUUCAACGGGCCAUGAACAUGGGUUUUCAGAAUUUCGUGAGAAAGACUCGUUUGGCGCAGAGCAUCAUCAACUACUGCGUGAUUGUGUACAUGGAUGGUAUCUUGGAGUAUUCGAGUCCCUACGAGGGACACGUGCAGCACAUCGAAUGGGCACUGCACGUAUUACGAGAUGCGGGCUUCAAGGUGGCGCUUGAGAAGUGUCGGUUUUUUCUCACCACCAUUUCCUUCCUAGGGCACGUGGUGACAGACAAGGGACUCCAGCCGGAGCCACAGAAGGUGGCAGCUGUCAGGGAUGCGCCGGUGCCUACAACUAUCACGCAAGUUCGCGCCUUUCUGGGCCUGGCCUCGUACUACCGAAGAUUUAUCAAGGGCUUCGCGGCGAUUGCGGAACCCCUCACGAAUCUGCUGCGCAAGGAUCAGCCGUUGAUCUGGACGGCGGAAUGCGAUCAAGCGUUUUCCAAACUCAAGACCGCUCUCAUUUCGGCUUCGGUCCUUAUAACACCGGAUCCCGAAAAGCCUUUUGUUCUCAUCAUUGACUGCCAGCCAGAGGCGAUUUCGGCGAUCUUUGCCCAGGUGGGACCAAGCGGACUCGAGAGUGUGUUGGAGUACGCCUCCAAAUCGGUAUCAGCUUGCAAGCGCAACUACGCCGCUCCGACGGGGGAAUGCUACGCGGCUCUCUGGGGAAUCAGCCACUUUCGCGCUUACCUGUACGGGUCAAAGUUCACCUUGGUAACUGAUCAUGAGCCCCUGUUGGCUCUGAAGAAAUCGAAGGAUUACUUUGGCAUGAUCGGGCGAUGGGCAACGGUGCUGCAGAGCAUGGAAUUUGACAUUCAUCAUCGGAAGCACGAGAGACAUGGGAAUGCGGACGGACUGACACGACUGCACCGGCCCGAGAAAGUUCCAAAGAGUGAGGAGGUGAUUCCCUGGAACGAACCCGAACAGGAGAUCGGACCUCGGUAUGGCCAAGUGGAGAUCUUGUCGAAGCAAGUACAGGUGACGUGGACACCGACCAGCGGGCAUCCCGCGUGGAUCGAAAAUUCGGAACUGCUAAUCAUCCAAGCUUGGAGGACUAACGCGGAGGGCGAUCUUCUUGGUUUUCUCUUUGGAUCGGUACAGCCGGGGCGCCGCCAGCUGAUUGCGCAGGAGCUCAUCGCACCAAUCGUGCAAUUGGAGGACGAUCUCUCGCCCGACAUCUAUUUACGGAGUGACGACAUCCCUGCUCCGUACAUUUUCGAGCGAUCAUUGGAUCCGCUCCUUCAGUGGACUGCGUGCUUGGAGGAACCUAGGGACGAGGAUACGCUAUCAUUGCGGCAGGAGUAUCUUAAGUCGUACGAUAUCAUCCCUCACGCCUUUUAUCCAAGGGCGGAGGAAGUGGUGAUCGACGACGACGAAGAAGACGAAGACGAGGAAACAUCGGAGGAGGAAAUCUAUAGUGAGCAUAGCGAGGGCGAGCUGAGCGAAGGAGAAGAGGAGGAAGAAGAAACCGGAUCUGAGUGGGAAGCCUUGCCGGAGGAAGCGACGCGUACGGGAACGGAGGUGGAAGAUCCGGAAGUGGCGCGAAAGCGUGAAGAAAUUGCCAUCGGGAAGCGCCAGCUGGAGUUCGCCAGCGAAGCUAGCCUGCGCAUCGUCCUAAAUGGUUAUAAAAGAGGAGGAGGAGGAGAAGGAGAAGGGAGGAGGAGGGUAAGGUGGGACUACUAGAGGUGCAGCAUUUUUUUGUCAUAUCUAGUCAAAAGGAGAUAAGGAGAGUCUGCGAACUGGUCAUCCCUCCCAUACCCAGCUCCCACUGUGAGUACAUCAAAUAAUGUCUGAAACCCUCAAGUUGGCCAACCGUAGUGGCCAACAGGAUCAUUGCACCCCUUAAAUACACCUCAACAAAACAGAAUUCACGCA